CUUCUUUCCGUGAGCGCGGAAUUUUGAAAACAACAGCGAACAGCUGCCGAAAACUCUGGGUCGAGGAUCAUCCGAAAAUUGCCACGGUAGCUAACAAAAUUCACCAUAUUUGAUAAUCGGUUGUUUGGUAAAGUCAUAGUAUUUGAUAUAGCUAAAAUGAUUGUUACAUACUUUUGGCCACGUUUGGUCAUGAGCUGAGUUGUGUUUUUAGCUAGCUCGGCUAGCUACGUCGUUAGCUACCUUGACUGUUUCCGAACUUAUUUUAAUUGUGGCAAUAACGUGGUUUAGCUACUUACCUUAAUGUUAGUUAGCUAACAAGCCAAUUUAUGCUAGCAUUCAUCCAAGGUAUGUGUCACAUGGGACACGCCACUUCGAUACAGCAACAAAGUGACUUUUCGUUGCAGUUUAGGACUAGGAGAGCAUUUUAGCUAACCCUUUUCCCAACCUUAACCUAACCUGCUAUGUAAGUUCUCCUACGAAAAAGUAACUUCCGGUGGUAGCUGUAUCCAUGUGGCGUGUUUUUAGGAAAUUCCGUAUCACAAACCUUACUCAACCGUGAGUUCCUGUUUAAAACUACAUUCUGGAAUUCGUUUUUCACCAAAAUGGCAGACCCGACAUUUUUUGUGAUUGACAGCUGAGGGAUGCAGCGGCUGGGGAAAUGUGGGCUAACUUCUCUAAUAUUCAUAGACACCUAGGGAGAUGUGGGCUAACUCCUCUAAUAUUCAUAGACACUGCUUUAGAUGCAAGGACUGACUAGAGUUAAUUAGAGUGAAAUUAUUAUAAUAGUUAUAAACACAUACAUUGUUGUAUGUAAACAAUGGAGUAAUAAUAGUGAAAUGCUUAUUUGCAAGCUCUACAACAAUGCAGUAAUACUAAGUCAGAUAAAAAAAUACACAGGAGAAUAAGAAAUACACACAAGAAAAUACACUAUAUACAGGUCAAUUCCAGUAGCAAUAUCAGUGCAGGGAUACUUGUGAUAGUUAAGGUAGCUAUGCACAUGUAAUCAGGGUUAAAAGUGACUGAGCAGCAGGAUAGAUAUAAUAAAUAGUUGCAGCAAAGUAAAUGGUGAUUGUGGGUGUGUGAGAGUCGGUGUGUGUUUGACUGCACCAGCGAUCAAUUUUUGGACUUUUAACUGAGAUGUUUUCUGUAUGUUUUACAUUUACAUUUAAGUCAUUUAGCAGACACUCUAAUCCAGAGCGAUUUACAAAUUGGUGCAUUCAAUUUAGGAUAGCCAGUGGGACAACCACCCUUUUUUUUAUGGGGGGGUAGAAGGAUUACUCUUAUACCCAUUGAUUCUUGAAAAAUAUAACUUAUACAUGCCUUGAUCUUAAUUAAACUGUAAUACCCCAUUAGAACCCCAAAAUAUAAGCUUGUUUUACUCCAUUGUGAACAAACACUAUAUAGCCUCAACAUUGUUAAAACUAUCAUUUAGAUCAUGGAUGGUCAGCCCUUGUAUGUAUCCAUAGCUCUGCCUAUGAAUUUGGAAGUGGUAAAAGAAAUCCAGCCCCAUCCCUCAGCUGUUUACCAAAACAGUGACAUGGUGUCACUUGUUGUUGUUUGAAUUGCAUAUUGCCCCCUUUAACAAGCCAUCCUGCAUCUUGCCAAAAUGUUGACUGACCUAAUCAGUGUUUUGUAUUCCUGUCACCUAGAUCAUCAUGGCAUGCAUUACAGAUGCAAACAUGGUGAAUUGGUUUAGUAGCACAAUGGAAGACAUACGCAACAAAAUGCUUGUUCAGGGAUCGGCCGAGAUGACGGAGACAGGCAUGGAUUGGGUUCAAACCCACCGACAGUUUGUCAAAUCUGUUCUCGGUAUGACAUGGACGCUGUUAUCAUGAUUACUGAGUCAAUUAUGCUUAAAAUCUGUCAAUAUUCAGAGCUAUAAUAAUCUCCCUUAUCUUUCUGCAGAUACAUGUUCAAAGAAAGUCAAGGAUGAUGAAAUAAUAUUUGAAACUAUAGACUCGUACAAAACAGGUAAGAUUAUGCCGGGCAUGACGUGAUGACAUCCUGUGAAGUGUUACUAACAAUCAGUUUGACAUUAACCUUGGCACUAGCCUACUCAUACUUUAUUAUUGAAGACAAUGUCUCCCCCCCCCCCCCCCCCCCCCCCCCUCCAGACUUGCAAAAGAAAAAUGCCUCAAUGGUGGAGAAGAGAAAUGCCAUUGCGAAGAGGCUGUCUGAAGUGGAAGGGAAGGACGUACAGAAAAGCAAGAUCAUUGAAAAGAUUGAGAUGAUCCGAGUGGAACAAGCCAAGAAGAAAGAAUGUAGGCAAUUUUUUAAAAUGGAACAGUAGAUUUUGCCCUUCACACACGUCUUUUCAUUGGUCUAAAAUAUAUAUUAGUAUCCAAAACAAACAUGUCCCCUUUCCUUGUUUUUCCUUUCUUCAAAAGUGAUCGUGUCCCAAAACAAAGCCAACAAAGACAGACUGAAAAAUCUCAACAAAGCCAAGCAGGUGUUUCAGGACCGGCUAGGAUUGGAAAUUAGAAAAAUUCAUGGUAAAUUGGGAAUAAAUCUGUUGGUAAUGGCAGUAAUAUUGUACCGUUUGAACAUUUGUGUUGACCAAGUGUUAAACCACAGAAGUAAAAUGAAUUAUUAUUUUAUUCAAGGUGAGAAAUUGCAGUUUAUCUUCCGAGACAUCAACCAAAAAGACUCAGAAUGUGUAUACACCUUCAUGCUGAGGAUCAACGAAGGAGGAUUAUACCAGAGUGAGUACAGUAAAUAGUAUAGAACAGUACAGUAACAAAUGGUUUUGGAAACUAGGAGUGUUAUCAUGAAUGGCUGGAAACUGAUAAUAACUAAACAACAUUUUCUAAACAAAUUUUUGUCCACAGUUGUGUCUAAUGACCCACCACUGGAUUGCAUGGCCCACUUGGAGCAGAGACUUCAGGAGACCAACAACUUCUCUGCUUUUCUUGCAAAUGUUCGGAGAGAAUUUGUCACUCUUAAAACCUGAGGAGUAAAAAAAAUCUGUUUAAUAUCUUAACAUAUUUUAGUAAUAUCCUGUGUCUUUGUCUCCCAUUUUCACUGUCUCCGUCUCCCAUUUACACUGUCUCCAACAUCGUUUGUAAUAUUAAUGUUUCAAUUAUAUGAUGUCAAUUUUAAAAAGGCUAGAUGCAAUUUUCAAGUUGGUGGGGUUCUUCAGUGGCCCAAAGUUUUGAUCAGGCAUUUUGGAAUGAGUAUAACUAAACACUUUUUGUACACCUCCCCCAUAGUUGAUUGAAGUAUUACUUUAAUCAUGUAACAGGAUAAAUGCUUUACCCUGUCCAUUUGCGCGAACACUUACUGUCAUACAUCUGAUGUUUCUACAACACUUAACAUUGGCAGCUCCUCAACGUAGGUUGAUGGAAAAUGGCCUAUCUGUCCAUUCAAUAUCCCAUACCACCAACCGCUGUCUUCCUUUUGAUAGAUGUCAAGAAGGUCUCCUGUAACAAAUUAUUUUGUUAGUAUAGUCAUGAAUUUCAUAUUAUUAUUGAUGGUAUGCAUUUUCUUCCAUACCUAUUUUUAUUGUCCCUUACCUUCUUUCAUAUUCAACUCAUCGUCUCUGUCUGACGUGAAAUCGUAAACAGCUUUGCAUUUCCCAAUGCUACACCACUCUGCACCUGAAGGAGAAAUGUAUUAGUGUUUCUUGUUAUGACACAUACAGUGGGGAAAAAAAGU